GCCUGUUGAUUCAUCGGACACGGCAGUUAUAGUUGCGCUGUAUAGAGCGUUGGACGCGAAUCGCGAGAAGAUAUUCAAAUUGGUCGACGAUCUUUGUUAAAGUUUCCUUUGAUCACUGGUACUUGGAAACUGGUUGUUUCGUAAUCGAACGAGUAAAGUAUCAACGUCGAGAGGGACCUGUUCGUAGAAGCGUGUGGCGUAGGUGCAGGUGGAGGACUGGUCCGGGCGGCCACGCUCUGUGUUGGUCUUCAGGGUUCGCGAGCCAGAGUCAGAGCCAGAACCAGAAGGGAGCGAUAUCUGAGAAAACGAGGACUAGAGAGUGCUCGGGGUGAAUCGUUGGUGUUGGCAUUGCUGUGACCAAGACGCCGACCGCACCGACCGCGACCACUCGAGUCGAGGGCAUACAUGUCGAACGGAUGAGAAGCACCGCGCGAACAGAACAUCCCGUCACCAUGAAGCCUUGGGCCAAUAAAUCCGUCGGCCUUGGCCUCCUCGGCCUUCUUCUGAUCAUUUUCGGCACAUGCCUGUACUUGUUGUCGCCGGUGCUCUUCCACCACAUUCUCCAAAAGGAAAUACCGUUGACGCCGACAUCGAAAGCAUUCGAGGUAUGGAACAACACGGUCAGUCUGCCACCCAUGUAUUUGAAGAUACAUUUCUUCAAUUGGACCAAUCCGGAGGAAUUGAUGAUUCGUGGAAAAAAACCGAUUCUCGAGGAGGUCGGCCCUUACGUGUUCCGGGAAAUUCGCGAAAAAGUGGACGCGACUUUUCAUCCAGAGAACAACACCGUCAGUUAUUUUCAACGACGAUGGUGGUUCUUCGAACCGAAGCUGACCAACGGCUCAUUGAACGAUACCGUCACGCAAUUAAACUCUGUUGCGAUCUCCGCGAAGCACAAGGUACGAUACUGGGAGCCCAUCGUGCAAAGUACUCUCUCGUAUAUGCUGUCGACUUCGAAUGUGUACAUCACGAAAACUGUCAACGAGCUGCUAUUCGCUGGUUACGAUGACCCGCUGAUUAAACUUGGAAGACUGGCGGGUAUGGGAGUAGACAUUCCACCGUUUGACAAGUUUGGUUGGUUUUACAUGAGAAAUGGCUCGACGAUGUUCGAUGGCCACUUCAACAUGGAUACCGGUGUUCGCGACGUCGGCGAAUUCGGGGUACUGAAGAAGUGGAACUAUAGGGACACCAUAAAAUUCUUCAAGAGUCCGUGUAACAUCGUGGAAGGAAGCGCCGGAGAAUUCUGGCCACCGUAUCGGCGGAAAGACGAGAUCGUUCUGUUCAGCGGUGACUUGUGCAGACCGUUAACGUUCGAGUACGCCCAGUCGACUUAUCACAGCGGUGUGAAGGGUUAUCGCUACGUACUCGGCGAGAAAUCGUUAGGCAACAACACGCGGAGACGUUAUCCCCACGAACAGGCGAAAUACAUCGAACAGACUACGACCACCGAGGACUUCUUCGAAGCCGACCACUCGGCGGAGGUCCCAGACUCUUUGGACGAGGAUCCGGACGUUGUAAACAUAGGCAACUGCUUUUGUAACGGAAAAUGCACUCCUGUCGGUUUGAUGAACAUCAGCGCCUGCCGUUAUGGUGCGCCGGUGUUCCUCAGUUUGCCGCACUUCUACAAAGCAGAUCCCAGUCUCAGAGAGAGGUUCGAAGGUUUGAACCCUGACGAACAGCAACACGAUUUCUUCAUCACUUUGGAACCGACAACGGGCAUUCCUCUAAAGGUGUCGGCAAAAAUGCAAGUGAACAUACUCCUGGAACCAUCAAAAACUGUGUCCCUUUUCAAACAGGUUCCGACCAUGUACUUCCCCGUGAUGUGGUUUUCGUUAGAAGUCGAAGGCACCGAGGACUUAUUCGACAACUUGAGGAAACUACUGUCGCUUCCGAACGUGUUCAUGUACGCUGGCGCGUUUCUGAUUCUCGCGGGAAUCCUCGUAAUAUGCGUCUUGGCGCUGCUCUACCUACUCAAGAGGCAUCGAGCCGGUGCGAUAGCCACCGGCAAGAACGUGAAAUUGAGAGCGAUAUCGCCUGCUGGAGAUAAAUCCGAGUUAAUGUACGUGGACAAGAGCGUCGGCAACGAAGAGGAUGGUCACGCGAGAAACGAUCGCAAGCUGUAUCCCAGCUCGAUCGAGUGUUUCAACAUGGAUCUGCAGUCGAAGCUUCAGCAUCGAAAGUAGAGAAGAAAAUAGGGAAACGAACUCGAACAUAGUUACGUGGGUGUAAUCUCGGACGACUUGGCAGCGAUUCGAUUCGAUUCGAUUCGACGAUCGAAAAUGCAUCCAAGUCUGAGGAUGCUGCGAAAGUCGGCAAAUCAACUACGAGGAUCCUAGGAUCUGUGUCGAGCAAACAUUUCGUGGAUCCGUUUCUCACGCAAACGGCCCGUUUCGAUUCAAACGUGACGCGUUCCUGCGAUAUCGGUCGACGUAUUUCGGUGUAAGAAAGCAUUAGGUUAUCCCGUUAGCUGUAUAAAAAAAAAAAAAAAAGUCCAUGAAAUUUAAGACUGAGAAAGAAGCGAUAAACGCAAGGAACGAAGCUUUAAUUAGUAUAAAGUCGGAGAUCGUUGUUCGAUUCUCCUCUCUUCGCAACGAACGGAACGCGCUAAUGGGUUUACCUAUACUGUAAGGGUAUGCAAACGUACCUC